UUCCCAACGACUCAAAGACGCGUUUAUAAACCCAGAGAUCGUAGACACUUCCCUUAACUAAUAAUUCUCACGAGUGAAGUGAACAUCUAGACAGAGACAGUGAGGAAGAUUUAAGGUCUGUUAACAGAAAUGCGUUUUGCUCUGGCGCUCCUGUGCGCUCUGCUCAGUCUGUGCGCAGGAGAUGUCGGGGAUUUCUCGGAGUGUUCGAGCUUCUUCUACCGGACUCGGCCACCCACAGGCAUCGCGGGGACUCCGAUCUGUCAGCGCUACAAGAACCUCUACCACUUCGCCACACUGUACAGCCGGGAGCGCCGCACGCCCUGGUUCUCCGGGUACGUCUUCUCCUUGCCGCAGGGAAAGCGCCCCAGAGGGGAAUGGAAGUACGAACCACAGCUAGCCAAAUCCAAGGCUGACGGCAACAUGGUUCCGUUUCCAGUUCCACCUGCCAAAUUGGACCAGAAUGUGGUGGAGAGCCAGGCCGUCCAGAAGGAUUACACCAACUCCUCCUACACACGCGGCCACCUGAACCCAAACCAGCACCACAAUGACACCAUUGCGCGUCGUGCCACCUUCACCCUCACCAACGUGGUGCCGCAGAAGUUGAAAUCCAAUGACGGUCCCUGGGCCAAACUAGAGAAUAACGUCACCAAGAUCCUCAAGGAAUACUGCCUGGGUAAGGCAUACAUAGUGACUGGAGUGAUUCCAUAUGAAAAAGACCGCUGGCUGAAGGAUGAGGGCAGAGUGGCCAUUCCCGAGUAUAUGUGGUCAGCCUACUGCUGCCAGAACUACAACCAGAACCUUCCAGAUAGCCUGAAAGGUAGGUUCCCUACGUUUGGUGCCAUUGGUAGGAAUGAUCCAAACAGUACCCAGGAGAUUGUACCAGUGGACCAACACCAAAAGAAAGAAGAGCUAGGAUUUGAUGUUCGAUUAAUGGAGCUACCGGUUUUGGAGGGGUACUUGAAGAUGAGAUACAGGAUGUCUAUCAGUGUUUUCGAUCAGCAGUGCUCAUCGGCAUAGCCAGCAUUUCAAUCUUAGUAACUGUUCAUUUCAAACACCAGAUUUUUAUAAAUUAAAUUCUAAAUGAACUUAUUGUGAGCUGUAAGUGUAGCAGAUGAGUGCUAGGGCAUCUUAUUCUUCAAACUGUGACCGUUGUUUCUCUACAGUAGCUUUGAAUGAACCAAAUAACUAUACAUAACGAUUGUGUAGCAACUGAGCACCGUGUACACAAGUUACUGUUUUAUAAAAAUGAUAAAAUCAUCAGUAAAAAUAUUUUAGUAUUCUGCCCAUAUAACGUACAUAAUAUAAUUGUAUUGUAUCUAUAAUUGAAUAGAAUUUUAAGCACUGGAUUAAUUUGUGUAUUCAAUUGCAAAUUACACCGUCGAAGUAGGACUCCCCCAAUAAAUUAAAUAAUAAAAACGAGCGUAGUGUUAUAUUCUACCAACAGAUGUCAGCAUUUAUUAAGAAAAAUAUAUAGAGCGCAAGCUCAGUCUUCAUGACUGCCAAAGGAUCCUUCAGUAUGUCAAUGUUAAAACAGAUUACUAGCUAUUAAUUUGUUGUUAUUGUUUAAUUUUGUGUUUUGGAAGUGAAUAUACCAAUAUACCUCAAUUCUGUGCAGAUUUUGAGAAAAAUUCGCAGUACUUUAGUCAACGCUUAGUCUAAACAGUCGAGGACUAAGGUAAUGUCUUUUGGUAAAAUGUCGUUCACCACUACGUUGUUGUUGUUGUUGUUGUUGUUGUUGUUGUUGUUGUUGUUGUUGUUUUCUUUCAUCACCAACUGUACUGUAUACCUCAGGAUUAACUUUAAUAUUACAUUAGAUUAAUGUCUUUCCUUUUUUUGUGCCUUCAUGCAUGAAUGUUUGUAUUGUAAUUAAUAUUUGUUUAAAUCACCUGAAUCUGAGAAUCUGAAUUAAAAAUCCAGGUGAAGGUUCAAGAACUUCAACUGAUGGAUAUAACAAACAA